AUGUUAACGACUGGGGAUUUCGCCGACUGCCCCCCACAGACUCGGGCCCUCGCCGCGCGCUACCUCGCAUAUGACUGCCCGAAACUGCGCAUGCUGGCCAAGCUGCUCCACGACGAGGGGGCCUUUGUGGUGGACGGUGAACCGAAUCGGUUCAUAGUCUUCUGCCAGUGGCCGUUGACCCUCUGGGUCACGGAGCUUUUCAUCGACGCGCUGGGGAUCGACUAUGAGGUGAUCCGGAGCAGUGUGGCCAUGGAGAAGCGGCCGUUGAUCGCAGAGUGGUUCAACGACCCCGCCUCGACCUGUCGUGUCCUGCUCACCACGUAA